CGCCUGCUGUCAGCCACCGCCGGCCGGCCGGGCUCCAGGGACUGGCUCUGGGUCGGUGAUGGUACCGAACCGGGCAGCUGGUUCGGGGAACAUCUGGUUCCAGGAGCAGCUGGAUGCGGCGCAAAUGAAGCGGAACCAUCUGUGGAUGAGUGUUUGUAGUGUGGGGGACAGAGAUGAGGUGACACUCAUCAUCUGUGUUUGUUUACUGAAAGCUAAAAGCUGCUUUCUGUUGGAUCUGAGCUUCAGAGGCGGAAGUAAAUCCUCCUAAAUCAGCCCGUUUCUCUGCAUCUUCCACUAAAUGAAAUUACAUUAUUAUUAUUUUAACUAAUUAUUAUUAUUAGGUUCAUUCUGACCAGCCUGUCGGUGACACUAAAUACAACCAGAAGACGGUGAUGAGCUGAAGGUGAGGAUGGAGGACGACUGCAGACCUCUGCUGGGCUCAGAGCCCUCUGGGGAGGGUUUAUCGCAGAGAGGCUCCGCUGGCUCCCUGGACAGCCGAGCUAAAAGGCCGUUCUAUGUGGAGCCCAGGAACAUCGUGAGUGAUGACCCACAGGAGCGGAUCUCCGCCGAGGCCGCCGUCCUGAACAGUCGAGUGCAGUACUACAGCAGACUGACGGGCUCCUCCGAUGCCGUGCUGAGUCCUCCCAACCACGUGAUCCCCACAGCCGAGGAGAUGUACAUCUACAGUCCUCUGGGGACGGCCUUCAAGGUGUCGGACAGCGACCCGGCCUCCAGCAAUCCCAGCAUCGUCACCAUCUUUGCCAUCUGGAACACCAUGAUGGGAACGUCCAUCCUCAGCAUUCCCUGGGGGAUGAAGCAGGCUGGUUUCACUCUGGGGAUCAUCAUCCUCAUCCUCACCGGCCUCAUCAUGCUCUACUGCUGUUACAUCGUCAUCAAAUCACCAAAGGCCAUCAAGGGCGAGGACACGUCCAACUGGGAGUUCCCGGAUGUCUGCAGGUUCUACUUUGGGAAGUGUGGCCAGUGGUCCAGCCUGCUGUUUUCCAUGGUGUCCCUUGUUGGAGCCAUGGUGGUCUACUGGGUCCUCAUGUCCAACUUCCUCUACAACACCGGGCAGUUCAUCUACAACAACGCCCACAACGUCAGCACAUCCGACUCCGAGUUUGGGACCAACGGUUCUGUUAGAGUGAUCUGUCCGUACCCCAGAACCGACCCUGAAGUAAACGGCACGUCGUAUCUGGGCGCCACUGGAAACCACACGUCAGACGGCGGCUUUGAGGUCUACUGGAGUAAAACCGGCACCAUCCCGCUCUACCUCAUCAUCCUGCUGCUGCCGCUGCUCUGCUUUCGCUCCGCCUCCUUCUUCGCCAGGUUCACCUUCUUCGGCACCAUAUCUGUGGUUUACCUGAUCGUUCUGGUCACCAUCCAAGCCGCCCGCCUCGGCUUCCACCUGGAGUUCCACUGGUUUGAUCCUUCUGAGCUCUUCGUUCCAGAGUUCAGGCUGCUCUUCCCUCAGCUGACUGGUGUCCUCACUCUGGCCUUCUUCAUACACAACUGCAUCAUCACGCUGAUGAAGAGCAACAAGAACCAGGAGAAUAAUGUGAGGGACCUCUCUGUGGCGUACCUUCUCGUCGGAGGGACGUAUAUGUAUGUGGGGGUGCUGAUCUUUGCUGCCUUCCCCUCGCCGCCUCUCUCCAAAGAAUGCAUCGAACCAAACUUCUUGGAUAACUUCUCCAGCAGCGACGUGAUGGUGUUUGUGGCUCGGAUGUGUCUGCUGUUCCAGAUGAUUACGGUCUACCCUCUCCUGGGUUACCUGCUGCGAGUGCAGAUCAUGAGCCAGUUGUUUGGAAAUCAUUAUCCCGGUUUCAUUCACAUUCUGGUGCUGAAUGUUCUCAUAGUGGCAGCCGGCGUUCUGAUGGCCAUGUUUUACCCCAACAUCGGAUCUAUUAUACGGUUUUCUGGCGCCAUCUGCGGCCUGGCUUUGGUGUUUCUGCUCCCUGCUUUAGUCCACAUGGUUUCCCUGAAGCAGCAGGGGAAGCUCACCUGGCUGUCGGCCAUUUGCCACAGCGCCCUCAUCCUGCUGGGCGUGGCCAACCUCAUCGCUCAGUUCUUCAUGUAGCGGCUGGAGCUGCAGUUGGUGACGAGGAGACAAAGAUUUAUCGUCUGCAGAUUUAUUUCUCCCCUUCCCCCGUAUUAAAACCUCAUGAUUCUAUGGCCGGUAAAAUAAAAAUGAAACACGGUAACAUUUUGCUUUAAUAUUUCUAAUUCAGCAUCUGGCAUGAGGUCCAGAGCAGGUGAAGUUACCCA